AUGUCUUCUGGAUUCGGUACUCGUGCUAUUCACGCUGCUCAACACCCUGACCCUACCACUGGUGCUGUCAUUCCUCCUCUUUCUCUUUCAACCACAUACAAGCAAUCCGCUGCCGGUGUUCAUACUGGAUUUGAGUACUCCAGAUCUGGUAAUCCCAACCGCAACAACUUUGAGGAAGCCAUUGCUAACCUCGAAGGUGCCAAGUACGGUCUUGCCUUUGCCUCUGGUUCCGCCACUACUGCUACCAUUGUCAACUCUCUCCAAGCUGGUUCUCACUUGAUCUCUGUCAACGAUGUCUAUGGCGGUACCUACCGUUACUUCACCAAGGUUGCUGUUAACCUCAACAUUGAAACCACUUUUGUCAACUUGAGUGAUCCUGCCAAUAUUGAGUCUCACUUCAAGCCCAAUACCAAGUUAGUCUGGCUCGAAACACCUACUAACCCUACCCUCCGUAUCAUUGACAUCAAGGCUAUUGCUGAGCGCGCUCAUGCUCACGGUGCUCUCUUGGUUGUUGACAAUACUUUCAUGUCUCCCUAUUUCCAAAAUCCUAUUGCCUUGGGUGCUGAUAUUGUAAUUCACUCUGUCACCAAGUACAUCAAUGGUCACUCUGAUGUCGUGAUGGGUGUUGCUGUUACCUCCAACGAAGAAUGGUACAAGAAGCUCGCUUUCAUGCAAAACUCUCUUGGUGCUGUCCCCUCUGCUUUUGACUGUUUCAUGGCUCGCCGUGGUCUGAUGACUCUUGAAGUUCGUAUGCAAAGACAUGCUGAGAACGCCCAAGCUGUUGCAGAGUAUUUGGAAACCAACGAGCACAUUGAAGAAGUUAUCUAUCCUGGUCUCCCCUCUCAUCCCAACCACGAAUUGGCCAAGAAGCAACAAAGCGGUUUCGGUGGUAUGAUCUCUUUCCGCGUUAAAGGUAAUUUGGAUAAUGUCAACAAGUUGUUGAGCAACCUUGAGCACAUUACUUUGGCCGAGUCCUUGGGUGGUGUUGAGUCUCUUGUUGAGGUUCCUGCCAUCAUGACUCACGGUGCUGUCAGCCCUGAAGAUCGCGCUGCUUUAGGAAUCACUGAUACCUUGGUUCGUGUCUCUAUUGGUAUUGAAAACAAGGAAGAUUUGAUUGCUGAUCUUAAGCAAGCUUUGGAGAAGGCUUAUUAA